AUGAAGAUCGCGGUGCUGGGAGCCACUGGUCAGACUGGACAGCAGCUGGUCCAACAGGCUCUGCAGCAGGGCCACUGCGUCACUGCUGUGGUCAGGAACCCCGCCAAACUCACCGUGCAUCAUGACAACCUCAAGGUGGUGGAGGCAAACAUAUUCUCCGCUGACAGCCUUAAGGAGCCUCUGACAGGGCAGGAUGUGGUCAUGUCGUGCCUCGGCUUCCCCACCUCCUUCAUGUCUGCAGUGACCGGGUACACUCUGUCCAUGCACGCCACGGUCAGGGCCAUGAGGGACGCCAAGGUCAGCAGACUCAUCACCAUGACGUCCUGGUACACCGAGCCGACCUCUGGGGCUCAGUCGUCGUACAUGAUCCGCUUUCUGUUGUUGCCGAUGAUUCGCAGUGUUCUCACCAACAUGUUCCAGAUGGAGCAGUUUCUGCAAAAGAACAAUGACAUUGACUGGACUGUGGUUCGUCCACCUGGGCUGAAAAACCAGCCCGCUUCAGCGCUGGAGUUCCUGACCCAUGAAGGCUACUUUGUACCAGACGGCAGUGGGGCCCCUGUGGGCAGCUCGGUGGCCCGAGGGGACGUGGCCCGGUUCAUGCUCUCACUGCUUAAUAAUAACGCCUGGAUCAAGAAGGGAGUGGCCAUCACCACCAAAUAA